UGGAGCCCAUAAAAAAGGUGUUUGCUGGUCAUACAAUGACAGCCAAUGCAAGUGGGGAGGGUCAUGUCGCUUCCGCCACGAAUGCUCGCUAUGCGCAGGGGCACACCCAUACAGCAAAUGCUUCAAGCGGAACCGAGCAGGGACCGCAAGGGCCAGUUUUGGAAAAGGGAGUGACACCAGUGAAAGUAAGGCAGAUGCUUCCCUGGCUAAGUGAAUACCCAGAUAAAGAGAAGGCAACAUUGUUAAGGGACGGGUUUCAAUUUGGGUUUAAAAUUCCAGCAAAAAAGGGCAAAGGGGGGGAUCUUUAAAGAAUUUGCGCUCAGUGAGGGAGAAUCCAACGUUAGUAAUGGAAAAGCUACAAAAGGAGGUAAAGUUGGGGCGGAUGGCAGGCCCCUUCAAUGAACCCCCAAUACCAGACUUACGGGUUUCCCCAUUGGGCCUAGUGCCCAAGAAGGAGCCGGGAAAGUAUCGUAUGAUCCACCAUUUAUCUCACCCCAAAGGGGGAUCGGUAAACGACAAAAUAGACCGGGAGUUAGUUAGAGUGAGCUACACUUCUUUUGAUGAAGCGAUCCGCCUCGUUAAAGAUGCGGGAAGAGGGGCCUUAAUGGCUAAAGUAGACGUGGAAUCGGACUUUCGGCUAUUACCAGUACACCCAGAAUCACUACACCUGCUGGGAUGCCACCUUAAAGGGGGCUACUACGUGGAUCGCUGCCUACCCAUGGGCUGUUCUAUUUCAUGCGCCUACUUUGAAGCGUUUAGCACCUUCAUCGAAUGGGUGGUCAGGAAACAGGCAGGGGUCAGCGCAGUAAUACACUACCUAGACGAUUUCCUGUGUGUAGGCCCAGGCCACACUAUGCUCUGUGCAGUCCUGCUACAAACGGUCCAGGCAGUGGCGGACUUGUUUGGUGUUCCCUUAGCACCUGACAAGACCGAAGGCCCUAGCACAUGCUUGCGAUUCCUGGGCAUAGAAAUCGACACAGUGAGGCAAGAGUGCAGGCUUCCCCAAGACAAGAUCCAACAGCUGAAGGAGGAGGUAGCUUAUGCUCAGGCAGCCAAAAAGGUGACACUCAGGCAGUUGCAAUCUUUACUGGGGAAAUUAAAUUUUGCAUGCAGAAUCAUACCUAUGGGCCGGGUCUUUUCAAGGAAUUUAGCACUCGCGACAGCUGGCAUCCGCCAACCACAACACUUUAUUCGGCUGAAUAAAGGGCACAAGGAAGACUUGGGGGUUUGGAAAAUCUUUCUGCAAGGGUUUAACGGUAAGCUAUAUUGGCAGAAUCAACCUCGGGCAAACGAGGAAUUUCAUUUUUUCACAGAUGCAGCCGGGUCGGGAGGCUUUGGGGCUUAUUUUCGAGGGAAAUGGUGCGCAGCGCCUUGGCCCAGGGAGUGGACCGAGACUAAGCUCACAAGCAACCUAACCCUGCUAGAGCUGUUCCCCAUUAUAGUGGCAAUGGAGCUGUGGGGCCCACAGCUAGCAAAUCAGGCAGUGGUGUUCUACACAGACAAUAUGUCAGUUGUAAUGGCCAUCAAUAACCUGACCUCCGGGUCUCGGCCGGUAUUGUGCCUACUUAAGCAUCUGGUGUUACGCUGUUUACAACUGAAUGUCAAAUUUGGGGCAAAACAUGUUCCGGGGUACACUAAUGAAAUUGCCGAUUCUCUUUCACGUUUUCAGUGGGACAGGUUUCGGCGGCUGGCCCCGGAGGCGGCAGCCCAGGGAGAAUCUUGCCCCGACCUGGUGUGGCGGCUCAUCUGACAGGUUGCAGCCACUGUAAUGUAUGGAUUGUCGGACAUUCGUUUAUCCGCAGGGCUGAGAAGCACGCCACGGUGCGAAGGAAUGGGAGGCAGCUGGGUUUCCCAAGAUCGCAGGUGAUCACGUUCUGGUUAGGGAUAGGAGGUUUACGCUGGGACGAAUUAGUGCCAACGUUAAUUCAUAAGGAGAAUCAGUGGGAAACACCUAAUAUCAUAGUGGUCCACUGUGGGGACAACGACCUAGGUCAUUGCCCUAUGAAGCAAUUAAUCUGGAAUAUCAAAAAUGAUUUUUCCAGAUUGGAAUCAAUUUUCCCAGGGGUGAAUUUUAUUUGGUCCGAAAUCAUCCCAAGAGCAUAUUGGCGGGGUGCCAAGUCCCACGCAGCGGUUAACAGGGCUAGAAUAAAAGUGAACAAGGCAGUGUCAAAAUACAUUCAGGCAAAAGGAGGGUUAGCAAUUAGACACAAAGAGUUGGAGAAUCAGCCACUUUAUUUCUCAUCAGAUGGAGUACAUCUGAAUGAGGUGGGAAUGGAUCUGUUCAAUAUAACUAUACAAGAAGCAAUUGAAUUGGCAUGGAAGUCUUGGAGGCGCAUGCAAAGUUGAAGGUGUCCAACUAGGCAUGCUGUGGCGGGCCCUUGUCAGUCUGCCGGGUAAAUAUUUGGGCCGGUAAGAGAGUCUUACCUUGGUGGGAUGGUUUAACCCCUAAGGUGGGUGGCCAUUGUUGCAGAUGGAUUACGGGUGAAAUAUUAAAAGGUGAUGGCGGGGGGCUCUAGGUAAGGUGGAGUCUCUUUUGUAAGUAUGGUUUGGCGGCCUAUCCUCUGGGCUAGGAGGCUUUACGGCUAGAGGAUAGUGCUUCAGGUAAGGAGGGGCAGACUGACAGGGGUUCAAGUUAUAUGGAUGUUACAUGAUGUUAUAUGUUAUAUAAUAUUUACAAUGUUUAAU